UUAUCAUACUUUUUUCCUGUAUAUAUUUUCAUUCAUAUGUCAACAUAAUUUUAUAAGCCUAUAUUCUCUGUCUUAUUUCCAUGUAAAUUUCUCUUCUACAGUUUGUGUCAAAUGCAGUGCAUUUCUACUGCAUGCAUAUUUUCUGCCUAAAUCUUACAAACAAACAUCUUCCUUUCACUUUUACAUAAUGGACUUGGAGCAAGGCAACCUGGCAUUAAUGUACCUGAUUUAUUGUUCUGGCCUUGCUCCCCACUGCACUCAUACUGCAUCACUACACAGAUGCUCUUUCUUCUCUCUCUCACUCUCUCCUUUCAACUUGCUUUUUGUCUCUCUUUUGGGUGUGGUCUUUCAUACCCCCUUUUUGUGAUGCUGGCAAAAACCAACUUGCCACUUUGCCACAUCACCACUCUACUCUCUGUCUUCGCUCUGACAACAUCUCAACGUCAGCCUGCUUUUGUGGAGCACAUGCCCACCAGAGAUCCUACAAUUUACUCUUCUACAGAUUUAUUUUGCUUUCCUCUACUUAAAUCACAUCUCUUGAAGUCUGUUCUCUGCAUUUAGUGAGGCCUUGCUACUUCGCGAAUUAUAUACUUCUGCAACUGUGAUUUCUACCCUCUAUACUUUGCAUUUCAUAUACUUUUGUAAAUUGUAAAUAUAUUUGGGACUUGUGCAAUACUUGAGCGGCAACUGUCAGUGAGGUGAUAUCUAUCUGCUCUGCCAUCCUUUCCAUCAGUUAAAUCGUAGGCGUAUAUAAGGUAGGACACAAUCUUUCCUUUUUUCCAUUUACAUAAUUAGGAAAUUGACAAUCCCAAUUUCCUAAACUGGUGAUCCCGAUGUGAUCCUGAAUCCUUAAUUUUCUUUCAUCGCCUUCUAUUCAUUUCUCUCACUUCGCUAUUCUUGCUUCUCAUUUCUCCAUUUUUAUUUCCUUUCUACUUCUCAUUUUUUUUUCUUAACUCUACAACAUGACUACCCCUAAUGUUACCUCUACUCCUGAAUCUAUUCUUUCUCCAGUAUCACCCUCUAUUGCUCCGGUGAGCAUUAAGCUCCCACCAUUCUGGGCAAACGACCCGGAAAUUUGGUUUGUUCAGGUGGAGGCCCAAUUUCACACGAAGGGUAUUACCGCCGAAAUUACCAAAUUCAAUUAUGUAGUUGCCUCACUACAACAGGAGGUAGUUAUGGAGGUGAGGGACAUCAUUACAGCUAUCCCGGCCGAUAACCCAUAUCAGAAAUUAAAAGCUGCAUUGGUCAAGCGAACGACCGUCUCCGAGCAGACGCGCCUCAAUCGGUUGCUGUCAGGAGAGGAGCUCGGAGACAAGUCGCCAUCGCAACUCCUCCGGCGGAUGCAGCUAUUGAUGGGGACGAGCACAAUGGAGGAUUCCAUAUUUCGGCAAUUAUUUUUGCAACGCUUGCCCACCAACGUGCAGGUCAUCCUAGCCGCAUCAAGCGAUGGGGUGAGUUUGGUGGACUUGGCGGCGCUUUCGGACAAAAUUGUCGAAGUUGCAGGCCCAACUAGCAUAUCUAACAUUCAGUCUAAGUUGGCGCCAUCACAACCUCCUCCACUCCCUGCGCACGAAACUAAAGUCGACCAGCUCUCUGCACAGGUUGCCCAGCUUACGAUGCAGGUCCAAGCAUUAACCUGCUCCUUGCUAGAUAACCGCGGGAGAGGUCGCAGUCGGCAGCGCAAGUCGAAAGACUCAAAUAAGCGCCCUCAGUCAGUUUCGCGCAGCCCGAACCGCAGUGAACAGCAUGCAGGUGCCCAGUGCUGGUAUCACUGGAAGCAUGGGAGCAGUGCUCAAAAGUGCAUAAGUCCUUGCUCUUUCUCAGCAGGACACGCCCAGGGAAACGGUCCCGCCAAGGAAUAGC